UGGGGGGCCGCACCGUGGGUGCCCUGCCCCGCGGGCCCCGCCAGAACUCGCGCCUGGGCCUGCCGCUGCUGCUGAUGCCCGAAGAGGCGCGGCUCCUGGCCGAGAUCGGUGCUGUGACCCUGGUCAGCGCUCCGCGCCCGGACCCUGGCCAGCACAACCUGGCUCUGGCCUCCUUCAAGCGCCAGCAAGAGCAGGGCUUCCAGGAGCAAAGCGCCUUGGCAGCCGAGGCCCGUGAGGCCCGUCGUCAGGAACUCCUGGAGAAGAUUGCCGAGGGACAGGCUGCCAAGAAGCAGAAGCUCGAGCGGAAUUCGGAGGCUGGUGGGAGCCCACCCGCCUUGGAGAGCGAGGCCGGUGAUGGCCAGCCUUCUGGAGAGCGCGAGGAAGCAGGCCCCGCCUCUCUCCAGCCAGGGCCUGCCAACGGCGUGGCCCCCCUGCCCAGGUCUGCCCUGCUCGUUCAGCUGGCCACCGCCAGGCCUCGACCUGCCAAGGCUAGGCCCCUGGACUGGCGCGUCCAGUCCAAAGACUGGCCCCACGCCGGCCGCCCUGCCCACGAGCUGCGCUACAGCGUCUACAGAGACCUGUGGGAGCGAGGCUUCUUCCUCAGUGCUGCCGGCAAGUUCGGGGGCGACUUCCUGGUCUACCCUGGUGACCCGCUCCGGUUCCACGCCCACUACAUUGCUCAGUGCUGGGGCCCCGAGGACCCCAUCCCACUCCAGGACCUGGUCUCUGCAGGCCGUCUCGGAACCAGCGUCAGAAAGACCCUGCUCCUCUGCUCCCCGCAGGCUGAUGGUAAGGUGGUCUACACCUCCCUGCAGUGGGCCAGCCUGCAGUGAGCUCCAGCGCCCAGGGGAUGCGGCUGGGUCUGGGCAAAUGCCUUCCAGGAGGUUCCCGCGCAUCUCCCCUGGGAGGCUAGCACUGCCCCGCCGCUGUCCUGAGGUUUUGACUCCACCCCCCUCGGGCUCCUGCCUCAAAGCACUUCUAACUGCGAGAACUGAACUCGUCUGUCUUCUACCUCCAGGAGGUCUCAAUAAACUUGUUGAACAAAUGUCAA